CCAUGAGGAAAGGUAUGGCUAUGAGAACAUCUAUUGCAAGAAGUGUAUCACAGAUCAGUGGUUCCUAAGUUCGGUCAUCGAGUACCCCCAACAGCACACAUUUUUGUAGUAGCCCUGGACAAGCGCACUCAAUUCACCUGAAUGAGAGCCCGAUAAUUAGUUGAAUCAUCGACGCUUGGUUGGGGGUUACAAUGAAAACGUGUACUGUUUGGAGUUCUCGAGGACCGGAGUUGGGAGCCAUUGUCAUAGGUAAUCUUCCUGAUGGUACAUUACAUUAACUAGCUAACUUUACAGAGUAAUUUAUGUUGCAAGUGUCAACAAGCAAUGUUAGUGCUAUCCAAGUGCAAAUUAAACUGACAAACAGUAGGGUAAUCAAGGUCAGUUGAUUUAGUUAGCUAAAUUAUUUACAGUUAAGUCAGCUACUUUCAAAAUACAUGUUCAAACAUAUAGUUCAUUGGUGGCUAGUUAGUUACAAUGCAAUACAGCUAUGGUCCAAAACAGCUGGUUAGCUAUCAAAUGCUAGCAAGUUUUAGCAUGUGUAACUACGAAAAAAUACAAAGUGAAUCCCAUUUAACAUGGAUUCCAGGUUUAGUAACGAAACGGAGCUUGAAGAAACUCAAAAGGAGGUCCCCACAACCUCUCCAAACAAACAUUUCACAUGGUGGUAGACAACUCACCUUGCUUGGCAAUCGAUAGCUAGCAACCAUGGCCACUCGGUCCGGCUGCCAGUGCCACUAACAAAAAUGGCGUUAGAAAAGCUUCAAGCUUUCAUGUCAAUCAGACUUCCCGUCACAAUGUGUUGGCUAUGCUGGAUGAACGGAAUAUCCAUAUACUUUGUGGAGGUAUCAUCCUAUAAUAAACAAUAUAGCUGUUUUUUGACAAUUCAACUAAUAUUAUAGUGAAUCAACGUGUAAAAUAAACUCGUAAACCAGCAUGAUCCCUGCACUGACGAUUUUACUUAUCGGCUAAGGUAAAAUACAUUUAAAAUAAAGUAACCGGAAACACCGUGAUUUUCUGGCUCGUAUUUAUUGAAGCAGACAGAUUGUCACCUGUCGCAUUGUCGACACCAUAUAGUCGAGAAUUAGAACACUGAUUUCAAUAGUUGACACAGUACCCAGGCACGUUGCUUUACAACAGGCUAUAGGCUAUUUAAGAUAAUAGAAAAUAAUGUGGUCCCCAAUGGAGAAUGUGGUAGACCUGCCGUCUAACUUCUUAAGAUUCUUUGCAAAUGCAUACAACAUAGACAAGCUUGAAACUCGAGUUUCUUACUCAUCUGUGUGACAUCAGCAGAGAGGAAUGGCCUGGAAACUCCUUACCUGUUUUACCUGUUGUUCCUGCCUUGCCCAAGCCCAGCCCAUUUUAGUUUUAACCAGCAUUUUAAUGACAUUUUAGAAGCAUUGCCCGGCUCACCUCGGAACGACUGCAGUCCACUUUUGACACCCAGGACCAACUGUAUUUUUCCCAGAACCAUGGCCACAGCUGCAUGGCCGGAGGAUGAUUUUGUGUGCUCUGUCUGCCUGGAGAGCCUUCAUGACCCUGCCACGCUGCCCUGUGGUCACACCUACUGCCUCCCUUGCAUCCAGGCGCACUGGGACCGAGACGAGGCCACGGGCCAGUUCAGCUGCCCCCAGUGCAGGCAGGUUUUCACCCCACGACCCUCUCUGGCCAGGAGCACAGUGCUAGUGGAGGCCAUGGAGAAGCUGAGAAGAAAGGGCAUCCGGGAGAGUCCCUACCUCUCUGUCUCAUCUGGCCCAACCUCUGUGCCUGUCCACCCGGAGGUGUAUACAGACACAGCCCCCCGCUUGUUGUGGAUGUACCCUAAACUGCCAGCUGUCGGCCCGGUGCUUUGCCCUCGACACCAGCAGCCCCUGGAGCUAUACUGCCAGGACGAGAAGGAGAGCGUUUGCGAGGAGUGCUGCCGUCAUGGACACAAGGACCACCGUGUGGUUAAGCUAGAGGAGGAGAGGACUGACAGGCAGAGGGAGCUAGUUCUGAUGCAAGCAGAGACACGGCAGAGGAUCCAAGAGGGGGAGAAGGAGCUCCAGGUCUUCCCAAAAGAUGCUCAGAUCCAAAAAAGCCAAAUCCAGGCCCUGCAGAAGGAGGUGAUCGAACUCUUUUCUGAGUUGGUGAAGAGUGUGGAGCUGAUGGGUUGCCAGGUGGGGGAGCUGCUCAGUAACCAUGAUGCAUCCAUGGGCUGUCGGGGCGAGAACCACCUUCACAGGCUGGAGCAGGAGCUGGCCCAACUCCGCAGCAAAGACCUGGAACUUAGCCGACUGGCCGGCAUGCAAGACCACGUUGUCUUCCUCAAGAGUAUCCUCACCCUAGAGCCUCUCACCUCUCACAGAGAGGUGAGAUGGGGGGAGGAAACCCUGGUGUCUGAAGUUCAGACUGUGAUGGGGGAGCUGAAGGAUGGAGUACAGGACCUCUUUAAAAACUCCCUGGCUAGGAUGUUCAGAACUGUGAAUAAGGUGACAUCAGAAAACUCUCCUUCUCACCCUGAGCCUCCACUGCCUCCAACUCAGCCUCCACUGCCUCCCAAUCAGACUCAACUGCCUCCCACUCAGGCUCCACUGCCUCCCACUCAAGUGAACCAGGUAACCACUGUUGGUCUGGGGAACCCUGAGCCGAAAACCAGAGAAGAAAUGCUCAAGUUUCACUGCGAGCCGACCUUUGACCCUAACACUGCAUACCGCCAUCUGAAACUGACUAAUGGAGACCGUAAAGCAACUCUUAAGGCGGAGAAUCAGAACUACCCGCAGCAUCCCGAACGUUUCGUCUACUGGAGACAGAUACUGUGCCGGGAGCCCCUGUCUGGAAGCCCCUACUAUUGGGAAAUAGAGUGGACCGGCCAGAAGAUCACUAUCGGCGUGGCCUACAGAGACUUGGACAGGAAGGAGGCAGUUGACAGCAGCAGGUUGGGCUACAACGAGCAGUCAUGGAGUCUGAACUGGUCUGGGACGGGAUUCUCCGUGUGGCAUGCUGGGAAGGAGACCCGGAUUGGCUCAGCCAAGGCCCGCAGAUUGGGUGUUUACCUGGACCAACAUGAAGGAGUGCUUGCCUUCUACAGGGUCUUGCACAACCAGGCCGAUCUCAUCCACUCCCUGCAGACAAACUUUACUGCCCCCCUCUAUCCCAGCUUCCGCUUCGGGUCGGGUUUUGGGGCAUCUGUGACUCUCUGCCAGCUGGACUAGGUUGACCGUGGCAGGUCGGAACCAUUCUCUAAGCCACUGGAAUGAGUCUUAGUGCUUCUUACGGUUCAUUCAAAACAGAUGAAAGUUCCGGCCCUGGAUGUUGAUUGUGUGGUAAAGCCAUAGAUUAACCGCAGUUCUGUUUUCAUGCUUUGGCUUGCAAGAAUGGCAUUCAAAUGAAAUUCAACACUACUGUUGUUUGCUCCUUGGGGUGUCUCUGUAAAGCACUUUGUGACAACUGCUGUUGUAAAAAGGGCUUUAU